AUGGCAUCACGUGACGUGGACAAAUUUGAAGAGUUGUUCCUGAGGAUUAGCGCAAACGCUUUUGCCGUUUCCUCCCCCGUCUCUUCCCCUGAAAAACUCAACAAUUUGUUCAUGCGGGAGGUGCUGGGUCCACUGACUAUCGAGGAGCGCCAGGCGACUAGCAUGGUUCGAAAUACCGAGGAGUCCGGACUAUGUUCGGUAUGUUUGCAAAAGGAGGCGAAUCAGGUUUUGACCAUGUGCGGACACCUCAGCACUUGUUACGAGUGUGUUUUACAGGUGAGUUCGUGUCCCAUCUGUCGCGCAAGAAUAACAGGUGUAAUGCCUGUUUCUCUUCCUCGGAGAUACUUUAAAACAAAGAGCGACUUUUAA